AUGGCCCACAAGGGACAUGCAAACUUAAACAAAGUCGGUGCAAACUUAAACAAAGUCGGUGCAAACUUAAACAAAGUCGGUGCAAACUUAAAUAAAGUCGGUGCAAACUUAAAUAAAGUCGGUGCAAACUUAAAUAAAGUCGGUGCAAACUUAAAUAAAGUCGGUGCAAACUUAAAUAAAGUUGGUGCAAACGUAAAUAAAGUCGGUGCAAACUUAAAUAAAGUCGGUGCAAACUUAAAUAAAGUCGAUGCAAACUUAAAUAAAGUCGGUGCAAACUUAAAUAAAGUCGGUGCAAACUUAAAUAAAGUCGGUGCAAACUUAAAUAAAGUUGGUGCAAAC